GAUCCAAAUCAAGAAUUAUGAGACGAUUCCUGCAAACAGUGUGUUUAUGUAUGCAUGAAUGUAAGCAUUAUGAAUUUUAUUUGGAAGCGGGAGGAGUGAGGUUUAACUAAGAGAGAGAGAGAGAGACGAUAAAAGCCGUUUGGGUUAAUGAGGUGGAAGGGGCAUUGUCGGGGGAAGAGAACACAAACCUUGUCUUCCUGACAGCUGCUACCUGCACCGAGUUCUCCGAGGGAGGACGCCUGCAGGAUGCAGGUGGUGUGCAGUCUAAGCGCUGCGGUUCCAAGCAGGAUUGAAGGUUAGGGUGAGGGAACCACUGAGAAGAUCUCCUUGAAUCCCCUGGCUGGGGAGAGUGUCUACCAGAUGCCAGAGUUAAUCAAGCCAGUCAGAACCUGUGGCGGCAAUGGCCGUGGCCACCAUGUACCUAGAACCGGGUUCCCUCCAUCAUCUGGUGCCAGGUUCACUAAGGACUCAUGUUGGUUAUUUGGUAGCCAUCCUCAGAGCCCCGAUAAUGCUAAUCUGAUGGUAGAUUGAAUUUGCCUAGAAAAACAGUCUUUUUUACAGUACUGCCGAAACUCAUUUCCAAGAUACGGGCAUAUCUAUAUGUGUGGUCAAGAGCUGAAAAGGCGUGUUAAUGUGUUUGUUACGUUUGUGAUUGCUUUUCCCUCUCCACGUUUGCAAAUGUUUCCUACUUUUCAAAUAUCAGUGGGGGUGUCCUGUGCCGCCACCCCCCUAUGCCGCCUGACUGGCCACGGACCAUCCACUAGUCCUGUUGACGUUCAUGGUGAAGCAGCCGGAGAAGCUAGCCAAAAGGGCAGAGAAGGACUCCAAGGCUGAGCAGGCCAAAGUGAAGAAGAAAACGGAGGAGUGUGCUCACACGUCCCACGUUGAUGCAGUGGUCUCUAAGGUGCAGACAGCUGUGACCAAGAAGGGACUGACUCAGAGUUCAGUACAAGUGACGAGAGCUCUAGGCAAGGCCUUGAGUUCCAUGGAUCCACAGAAGGUGUCUGCCGUGAUGGACAGGUUGGAGCAGCCAGUACAGGACCUGGACGUGCGCACAUCAGUACUGGAGAUCCUGCACGCUUGGCUACGAUGUCUGACAACCCCUCAGGAGCGGAUAGACAGCCUCACUGUGCAGCUCAGCUGGGAAAAGUAACCAGCACAAGCAGCUUCCAGAGGCUGCCCCUACUGUGGGCAAAAGCGCUGUGCCUGCAGGGAAGACCCGCUGUCUUAGGGUCGGCAGCCCUGAGGAAUUAGUGUGGCCUGGGCAGGUGCUGCACCCCCUGCCUCUGACGUACUGCAGGCUUCACCCCUCCAUGUUUGCCUUUCACUGACUCUUCUCCCUACCUGCACUUUAGAACCGGUUCUUAGCUUGUGCAGUGCUGUGUCCUGGGGUUAAAUUUUCACAAAUGUAUGGGUGAG